AUGCGACGCACCAAGAAUGAUCUUAACACCAUCAAUAAUGGCGCUCACUGCAGUGCUGGUCCACCCCAACAUCAACGCACCAAUGCGAUGCUUGAUGAAGUCGUUAAAUGGAAUUUGGGUGGAGGCUACCGGACGGCUGCUGGGCGCUACAUACGAUCACUUAAUCAGUAUAUAAGCGCUAGGAAGAAACGGUUCGGAGAUUCUUAUACUAUUACACGAGGCCAGGAGAUUCACGAGCCAAUGCCCAAAAAACUUGUUUUCAAAGACGACUAA